AUGUAUCGUUUGACAAUUCUACUUGUUUUUUUAUGCAUUUUAUUUAUUCAACAACAAGUUACUUGUGUUGAGCUUUCAUUUUCUGAUGAAAUUGAAGAACGUCCAACUCGAUCCCAUUCACCAUUAUUAUCAUCUUUACAUAAAUCAUGGUAUAAGCAAUUAAAUGAUAUAAAUGAAAGUGAACAACACGACGAUCUUGAACAAUUAUGGAAACGUUUUGUAUCAGAAUUAACAUCACUUCGACAAAGACGACGUUUUGGUAAUACUCGUUAUGGUCGCAGUUUAUCUUCGAAACGUAAAUGA